AUGUUGCCAAAAAACCUUUCGACAAUUUCCGAUAACCAAAACUUACCUUUAACAACUGUUACGUUGACCUCUAAGAUAUUUAUUGAGUCCCUUGCAAACAGUAUCAAACAAGUUCGCCUUCAAGCAAACAAGCAUGAUAAACUUGUGAGCUAUCCGUGGAAGGAUGACCCAACUUGCAAAAAAUUUACCGUCCAGCUGGCAGAGAGAGAUAGCCUUCCCAAAUGGGCUUUGACAUCAUUUCCCGGAAGCGGUGUUACCUGGACGAGACAGAUGAUUGAAGGUAUUACAGGUAUUUACACAGGCUCAAUUCAUGAACAGGAUCCACCUCCAGUUCAAUUAGAAGGCGUAGGCUUUGAUCAACUCGGUAUUAGAGACGAUCCCUUUUGUGGAUGCACUAUAAUUGACAAAGAUCAUGAAGCAACAAUCACGGUAGAUGGAAUGGUGGAUUAUUUUCGGCUACUUUAUAUCGAGGGCUAUUCGGAUAUACUUCGAAAGGUAUAUGACUACCGAGGCGUUCUUCUACUGCGAAACCCGAUGGAUGUUGUUUUCACGUACCGGCAUUGGCAGCUAGCAGGGAAAGUAGGGACAGCACCACAAGAAGCUUUCCAGGGACCACAAUGGAAGAAAGUCGUAGAAUUCGUUGCCUACGCUUGGGCAGACCAUGCCAUCCGCUGGAUAGAGCAAAUCGAGAAGGGAACUGUCAUAUUUUACGAGCAGCUACUUGGUCGCAACGCAUCGACAGAAUUGGAGCGACUUUUUGACGCUAUGGAUUUCAAGCCUAGUCCGCUCGAUACGGAGCGAAUGCGAUGCACGCUGGAUCACAGAGAUCGCACCGACCAUAAGAGGUUGAACAAGAGUUGGAUACCGUUGGAGGAAGAGCAAAGGCUAUUAUUUAUAGAAUCAAUCCAUCGAGUCCAGCAAAGUCUACGAAGGCGAAAGUGGCCUCAGCUUCCUGUUCAUCUGUAUGACCUUCAUGGCCUUUACAAUCAAACCAUCCUUUGAUUUCUUAGGAAUUCUUUAUAUGAGAAUUGCAGACUUCCGUGUGCCGAGGUUAUUUGACAGACCCAAACCAAGUAUAGGUUUGCUGAUUACAUGUAUUUUCUACCAAUCCAUCAGAGAUAUCUGCUUACAACUGCACCUGUGAUUAUAAUUCGAUAUAGGUUUUGUACCUCCGGCUAUUCUUUUGAUCUGGAUUCAGAAUGGUUGUAGGCUUCCAAAAAUCGUGGCAUUUCAUACUUGAUAUACCUUGCGGUGAACCAC